AUGAGGACGAUGUGUUGCCCAGUUCAUUGCGGUGGUGAUGAUGGUGGUGAUGGUGCGCUGCAGCUAUCGUAUUUCUUCCGGGAGUCACUGUAUCUGUUGUACUGGGUGCAGUGUGUGAAUCUGUUCUCGAAUUCGAAUCCAAGCUUUGGGAUGCGAGUUGAUUAUGGAUAUCCCGAGGUGCACCAGGACGGGACGCAUUCGUAUUCGGCCCACGUUGUUCCAUAUCUUCCCCCAUUAUUGUUAUCGUUGUUGUUGCUCAAGUAUAUGUCAAACAGUGUUGAUGCUGUUUUGACGAAUUGA